AUGCGUUCACCACGCUGUCCGGUGCCCGCCGCAGCGCUGCUCGCGCUCGCGGUGGCACUGGCCGCGUCCGUCGCCGUCGCCGUCGCGGCGCCGCUGGAGCGGGCCGACGAGGAGGUGCGGCGGCUGUACGAUGCGUGGAGGUCGGAGCACCGGCGGCCGCGCUGCAACUGCGGCCAGGCCGGCGGCGAGGAGGACCGGCUGCGGCUGGAGGUGUUCCGCGCCAACCUGCUCUACAUCGACGCGCACAACGCGGAGGCCGACGCGGGGCUCCACACCUUCCGCCUCGGCCUCACCCCCUUCGCCGACCUCACCCUGGAUGAGUUCGUCCGCCGCGCCCUCGGCUUCCGCAAUGCCACGGCGCCCCGGGUCCCCAGCACCCGCUACCUGCCCCGCGCCGGCGACGACCUCCCCGACGCCGUCGACUGGCGCCUGCAGGGCGCCGUCACCGGGGUCAAGAACCAACGGCACUGCGGUGGGUGCUGGGCGUUCUCGGCAGUGGCUGCCAUGGAGGGGAUCAACAAGAUCGUGACGGGCAACCUCGUGUCGCUCUCGGAGCAGGAGCUAAUUGACUGCGACAGCCAUGACAGCGGCUGCAACGGCGGCGACAUGGGCAACGCCUUCCAGUUCGUGAUCAACAAUGGCGGGAUCGACACAGAGGUCGACUACCCCUUCAUCGGAACAGACGGGACCUGUGAUGCCAUCAGGGAGAACAAAAAGGUUGUCUCCAUAGAUUCGUACGAGAUGGUGCCACCCAACAACGAGAUGGCGUUGCAGAAGGCGGUGGCGAACCAGCCCGUGAGCGUCGCCAUUAACGCCAACAGCCCUGCGUUCCAGCACUAUACCUCGGGCAUCUUCAACGGGGUGUGCGGGCUGCAGCUUGACCACGGCGUGACGGCGGUGGGGUACGGCAGCGAGGACGGUGGGGACUUCUGGAUCGUGAAGAACUCGUGGGGGCCCGGGUGGGGCGAGGGCGGCUACAUCCGCAUGGCGCGCAACGUGUUCUUGCCCACGGGCAAGUGCGGCAUCGCCAUGGACGCGUCGUACCCGGUGAAGAGCGGCCCCAACCCGACGGCGAAGGCUGGGAUUGUUAAGAUGAGCUCGCUGCUGCUGGGCAGCGCCGAGGAUAGCGCGGCAAUCGUCGAGUGCCUGAACGGAGACGGCGACGGCGCCAUCACCAUCGAGGACGAGCUAGUCAGGGCGCUCGGCGUCGUGGGCGCCGCCAGCGCCGAGGACUGCGCGGCCAUCGUUGAGUGCCUGGACGGCGACGGCGAUGGCGACGGCGCCAUCACCAUCGAGGAGUUCAGGCUCAUGGCCGACCUCCUCUAG